AUGAAACCGUUCGCUUGUAUUGUGGUCAUUGCGGCCGCACUUAUUGCCUGUGGGCAGGCGCAUAAUGUGCAGAAACGUUCUUUGGGAUCCUUGCUUGGUGGUGGUGGCGGUAGCGGCGGCGGCUGGAGUAGUGGCGGUGGCGGCGGCGGCUGGAAUAGUGGCGGUGGCGGCGGAAGCGGUGGUGGGUUAGGCAAUAUUGGUUCGCUGAUUCAACAAAAACUGGGCGGUUUGCUCGGCGGUGGUGGAGGCGGCGGCGGUGGUCAAGGCGGAUGGAGCGGCGGUGGUGGUGGCGGUAGCUACGGUGGCGGUCAUGGUGGCGGUAGCUACGGUGGCGGUCAUGGUGGUUGGAGCGGCGGUGGCGGUCAUGGCGGAUAUAGCGGUGGAGGCGGCAGCGGCGGCAAGGUCGUCAUUGUUAAAGUUGUCAACGAUGGUGGAUACGGCGGCGGCUAUGGCGGCGGUGGUCAUGGUGGCUGGAGCGGCGGUGGCGGCAGCUAUGGCGGCGGUGGUCACGGUGGCUGGAGCGGCGGUGGGGGCCAUGGCGGCUGGGGUGGCAGUGGUGGUUGGUAA